AUGUGGACACCUGCUGUUUUUGCGCUGUGCCUCACCUCAGCGGUUCUCUGCUUGGACUCCAACGAGAUUCGCUCCUCCAGAGAGAUUAUCACGGACCCUGAGCCGCUCUUUACAAGAAACACAACAGCGAUGCCGUCAGAGAAGGUUACCGUGAACGUGAGCGUUCAUAACAACGUGAGACGACGACAGCAAAACCCAGAAUGCACUAAUCAGCAGGGAAACAGAUGCAAGGGCACAAAGAAGAGACAAGGUCGUAAAAACAAGCCGGAUGAUACAGCCACCGAAAAAGGGGCGAAGAGGAGUGAGUGCGUGCGCUCACGUGACUGUGGAGACGGCUGGUGCUGUGUUCAAUUCCCCAGCGGAGGACGGUGCCAGAGGGUUCCUCAGGAAGGCGAGAUGUGCACUUUAGGAGGGCCACCCAAAUCUAAAUCCCGCAGAAUUUUUAAGCGCUGCGCCUGCACGGCGGGUCUGAACUGCAUCCGGAAGCCUGGUAGCCUCAAGGGACAAGGAGAGUGCAGCGUUCAUGGAAGGGAACAAGACAAUCCGCAUUAG